GCGUGAUCCAUUCCUUUAAACUCGAACCAGAAGAAGUGGGAAAGAGAGUGGCCGUGUCCCACUCCGCAGGCCUUUGUUGAUCAAUAGCCUCUUGUUAUUGUUAUUAUUAUUUUACUACUACUACUAUUAUUAUUCUUAUUCCUUUGCUACCCUUUCUCAUGUUACUUCGUUUCUCUUUCUAGCUGACUUUAGAUAGUCAGUUAAUAUUUUCUACUAAAUUGCUGGAGACCUGUGCACAGCUCUUAUGUUUUCUUUACUCUCUCCUCAUUCCUCUUCUAUAUUCUUUUUCUAGCUUUUGUCUUUUUCUUCGCAUUCCUUUGCUUCACUCCUCCCAGCAGCAACACACUUUCCCCCUCACUCUAAAACCACAUCGACUUUAUUUAUUGUGCUUGACUCCCGAAAUCACCCACAACUGUGUCCAGCGAUAGUUCAAGUUGAUCGACUAUACCUGGCUGGAUUUUGCAAGCCACCUCGAGUGUCUGAUAUGCUCCUAAUCUAGAUGUGUUAUGAUCCUCCUCGUGCAUGACAAUGCAGAUGGGAUGUCAAUUACAUGUAAUAUCGAUGUUGCUACUUUGAGCUUCAUGGUGCUUGACACUGUUUUCGGUGCUCUUAAGUAUGGAGCAUGUAUCAACCCUUUGUGCAAUUAGCACUGUUGGUAUUGCAGCAACUGGCUUUGCUCUCGGUCGCGUAGAUCGAGAUUCACCCAAGCCGGCGCGUUUCCGAAAAAAGGCCUCCCCUCGUCAUGAUCAGUGCACUCGCGCGACGGAUCCUCCUCUAUCGCCACUAACCGGCGAUGUACACACAGGACCUCCCACCCCGUUCGCGACAGCGGAAAGGAAAGCUACCUCGAACUUCAAGCCCGUUAAUGUGAGUGGGGACGAUUCUACCAGUGCAUUUAACUCCCAGAGGCCAAAUCACCGGAGAAAGUCGUCCCUUGCAGGGAUAAUACUGCGACGCCGUGGCCAGACUUUAUCAAGCCCACCAUUUCGAGUCGAGGAGGACUGCUCAACGGCUCUCCAUAUCCGACGACCGUCUUCCUCCUGGGUGCGACGGCUAUCAUUUCAGCCAGGAAAUCGGGCCUCAUGCCAAAGUCCUAUCUCUCCGACGUCGAAUGGACCAACAAGCCCUGUCCAUUCUCGCCCCUCCAGUCAGCGCCGAGCGCCCAACAAACUGGUCAAGCGGCCUCCAUCGCAACCAUCGAGCGCCCAUUCCCAAUUUGCGCACGCGCCUCCAUCCCCUUCAGCAACACCAUUAUUGCGCAGACCAACCACGAGUUACCAGCGGUCCGAAUACCUAAGGCACAAAGCAACCCAUAGUCUAAACUUCGAGCCCAGUCUACUCGCAAAUACCCCGGUGCUGCCAACUAACGUAGAAACCUCUACGGAUAACAUAGCUUGGCAGCCGUAUAUAACUAAUACCCAUGAUGGGUUAUCAGACAAGCUGGCGCGUAGGCUGUCAACUGCAACAAGGCCAAAAGAGCACGGACUGCGACGAAUUCUUCCAUCUGUGGAUACAAUUCCAGCUCUUCUUCUAGCGAAGUCAAUUACAAACAAGGAACCUCUAACAGUGUUUAGUCCGCACGAGACAACACCCAUGUCUCCGGUGCAGUUUCGUGACCCAUUCCAGCCCAAUACUAUUCCACAAAAGUUAGGAGCAUCCCUUGCACCAGAGGAAAAUGGUCGCCAGCCAUCGGUCUCGGCCGGAGAUGACCCCAAGUCACCAAUGCCGAUACCGGGCAAUACAGAUGCUCAGAAGCCCAGUAACACGACACUUUCCCGUCCAAGGAGAGCAACCUCAACCCCUCUACCGACUCUUGCAAAAUCGGAAGGAGCCAUCAUAGUCUCCCCACGAUCGUAUGGGAGGCGUAACAUUACAGACCCGAAUAUAUUUCGCCGGCCUCCAAGCUCUUCAUAUACAGAAGCAUUCACGAUGUCUGGAAUCACGAGUCCUCGGCGCAAGAUAGCUCCCUCAUACUCUCGAACCGAUAUUGGUCAUCUUCGAGAGGCUGGCCAGCGUCCACUGACUUCAGACGGCGUGGCUUUGUCCGUGUUGCAGGACCCAAUUCGUCAGCGUCCUAAACGGCACUCAAUUGCGGCAUCUGAUCCUGCCUCGACGGUCGUUGGUUCUGAUGAUACUCGUAUUUUCACUUCGGGCGAGGAGGAUGAGACCGAUUUCUUGAGCGACACUGCUUUUGAUUCGGUCCGCACACAUAUCACCGCUAGCAGCAGUUCGGGUUUGCGUGCUCCUCGAGUGGAUACCAUAUUUGAUAGAGACCUACCCGUCAGUACGAUGGACAAAGGAUCCUUACCUCUAAAACAUCUCACCCCGCAUCGCACUGUCGCUCCCCAACCCUUUGGGGAUAAUCACUGUCGUCCUAACCUAGUUCUGACACCCAUGUCUGUCUCUGUCCCUGCGCUUCUGAAAAAGGACGUGCAUGAAGGAGAGAGUAGAAUAUCCUUCCCAUCUGAUUUGACAGAUGAUGAGGAUGCCCGCAGUCUUGUGGCCGCGUUACCUGAAGAACUUAUUGCACGGGAUGGACAAUCGAAAUAUCCAACCAUGUCUUUCAACAGUGAUGAGAGAGCUUAUGUCGGACGCGAUGUCUUUUUUACUCAUGACAGGCCAGGAAUCCCUUUUGGUUUGACCAAGUCUGAUUCGCGCAGUUUAACCAACGAGUCGUUUGACUUUUGCCCCAAAAUGAAUAUCUUUGACUGGUCUGAACAACCCAGAAAUGACCGCGAUGUUUCUGGGGCCGAUGGACGCCCACGCACCGUUCAUGGCAAGCACGGACCCGAGCUUCGCGGUAGUCGAGCUCCAGGCCGGAAAGCACCAAAUACUUUACACCUCCGAAGUCAAAGCGUCCCGGUGUCGAGGGACAGUACAGCUCCUAACGAGACACGACAAACAUCAGGCAAAUUCGGAACUUGGGGCCUGGGUAGCAAAGGCGUUAGCGAGGAUUGGGAUAGUGACUUUGAGUUUGACGACGCAGAUGAAAGCACAGUCAGCGAGACCAUGAAGACAAGCAAGAACGUUCCCCGACGUGGUAUGAUAGUUCCUCAGGCUAUCAUGGAACGUCAAGCCAGUCUUCAUGGGCAAUUUGGGCAAGUUCAAGAGUUGACCUUGCUAGUUGAAGAGUUAAAGCGCCUUCGGCACCAAGCUAGUUUUUUGGGUAUCGUACGUGGGCCAACAAAUGAGUUAUGGAAAGAGGCAGAGGGUAUUGUCGAUUUGGCCACCCUCGACGAUGAAGAGAAUAGUCAUUCUCCGCCAGGUUCUCCUUCCUCCCUCACCUUCAGUUUUGAUGAUUCCGAAGAAGAAUCGGCCAACACUAUUGAUCCUUCUAAACGAGCCAGUGGGGAGUCUUGGCGAGCUUCACUCUCACAACAGUUAAUCCCCGAUCAAACUACUACGGACCCUGGCCACAGAGAACUCGCUACUAAGGCAAGCUCUGUGCUAGAUCUGAUCUAUCAACAACGACUGUCUCACGAUUCUUCCUUCCCCAAUUCUCACCUGCCGCGAUCGAAGAAGCUCCCCUUCGAUACACAGUCACUUCGUGAUCUUGUUGUCCGGGCCGGUGUUGUAACCCGUGCGCUCAAGGAAGUCAUUCGCAAAGCAGAGGGGGUCGCUCCUGAGUCCGGUGAAAAUAUGCAUCAUUCUGUUCCUCCAUUCAGCCGGAUUUUCAACCAACCUUCUAAUGAUAAUGUGUCAACCUUUGAAGCACGUUGCAUUGCUUAACACACGUCCAGAUCCAUGCUUUACUAUGAUGAACUCACCCUUCAAGACUUACCACGAUAUUUCUCUUUCUAUUCUAAAAGUUUCAAGUCUUAGUCAUAUGACUGACGUACAGGAGGGCACCAGAUAUAGUGUCAACCUUCUUUUUUAACAUUUCCCUUUUACUUUCCUAUUAUUUCUUAUCUUCUUCUCAGCCGCUCUUCCUCGAGACAGUUGUCUCCCAAGAGACUUUCCUUGUUUAAAUAGAUCUCUUUUGUACAAGUGUGACUGUUGGUGUAUAUUUUUCCCUGGAAGCGUUGCGUCGUGCACCUUGGCGAGAGCAUUGCAAUGUUGGGUCCUAUGUCUCUUACUUCUUCCUGAUUUCCCUGGCUUAGAUUUAUUGGCUCGCAUUUUCUAAUUUGGCGGUCCACUACUGGUUGUUCUUCUCUUUCCUAUUAUCCUUUAAUUUUCCCUCCAUUUUCAUUUAUUAUUUUUUACCUUUUCUUCCCCCUUUUGCCUUCUCUUACAAAGGCAUGUGUAUGGAUAUUGGGUCUCUAUGUUAUAUGGAAAGGGAAGAGACAAAACAUGGAUAAUGCUCUGUCACAGCAUAAGAUCCAUAUCAAUUCUAGAGCAAGAUUUGGAAGAGACUAAAUAAUGUCAUUUGUCAAAAAGUUCCCGUGUCACCUUAUCAUUUUCUAAAGUCCUCGAGAGUGUAGUAG